ACGGAUCUCUCAUCUGCUCGCUCUGCGCCACGGAGAAGAUGUUGUCGGACGCGUUGCAUUGAUCAUUGGGGAAGCGACGGCAACGUCGGGGUCAAGAGGCCAACCUCUCUCACACAGUCCCAAUGUCCCAUACGCGAUCGGGAUUCGAGAGGAAGCCGCUGGUUGCGGUGACGAUAAGCUCAGAGCAAAGGGCCACCGGGCGCGGGCCCCACCCGUCGGGCUCGUACGCCCCGAUUGGCGGGCCUCCCGUUCCAGAAAUGCCGGGGGAGCAGCACGCGCCCCCACGCAUGGCGUGCCACGGCUCGCGGCCGCGCCUCCCACGCGGCGCCCAUGCGCGCGCCCUCCCGUGUGGUCGGCCUCGGGCGCGUCACCGGUGACGGUGAGUCGAACCGGAUAAACCUAUUCAGCCCCGUCCCAUCCCAUCCCUGCGCUCUCUCGCUCCCGGAUCGCCGCGAGCUCCUUUUUGAUCUUUGACUCGCAUCGCGUCUCCUCUCGCCUCCGUUUUGGAUAAGCCCGUCUGGAAGCCUCUCCUGCUUUCAUUUCGCCGGCCCGCGGAGAACAGCUCGGCGGGUUCCCUUCGUGCAGCGUUCGGAGAGCUCUUCCUGCUGCUCUGCGACGGACGGGGACGGAGAGGUCAAAAAUGUACCAUCACGGAUGAUGGAUGGUCUCCGGUAUCAUCUGCGUGGGACAUAGAUGGAGGACUACUUUUCACGCUUCCUAAACCUUGGUUGGCAGCUAAGACAAUACUUGACAGAAUUAAUAGAAAAUUUGGUUCGGACCAUUAAUCGGAUUCCUCAACGUCUUGGAGUCCAAUUCUCUGCUAGCCAUGGAGGAUCAUUGACUGGCACCACAGUAUACUUUCAUGAAAGGGCAUCUACGUUAUCUGUUAAUACUAUUACCACUACAGAAAAACAGACUGCAAAUGGAACAUCUGAAGGCGCAAUUUUCAGAAAAGGACUUUCCAGUAUUUACGAAAGAUCAUGUGUCAGGUCUUCCUAUCUUUUACAUGGCUUCAUGCUGGUACGAAGAUUGGCAUUCAGUGUGCGAGAUCUGUGGAAUCUAUUUUCAAGUGAAGUACACGCCAAACUAACCAGGAUCUUACAUCGUUUCUGGACAACACUACAGGGAUCUUGUGAAGACAUAGGAUGGUUGCAAAGAACUCGGGCAUCACUUCGUUCAGUUGAUGGGACAGGUCGCUUCAAGGAGAUUUUGCAUGAGAUAAGGAAUGGCGUGCAUUGCCUGCCUGAUACACUGAUUUACUUAUUUAUUCCUGGCCUUUUUAGCAACCACAGUCCACUUUACUUCACCAAUACGAAACGAUUCUUUUCAAAAAUGGGAUUGGCUUGCCAUAUUGCGAAAAUUCAUAGCGAGGCGUCAGUGGAGAAGAACGCGUGGGAACUGAAACAGUACAUUGAGGAGCUCUACUGGGGGUCUGGUAAGCAGGUUCUGCUCCUUGGUCAUAGCAAAGGUGGAGUUGAUGCAGCUGCAGCUCUUUCCUUGUACUGGUCUGAGCUCAAGGGUAAGGUUGCUGGCCUGGCGUUGGUUCAGAGCCCAUAUGGUGGCACCCCGGUCGCCUCCGAUAUCCUUCGAGAAGGCCAGAUCGCUGAUAAGGAGACAAGGAGGAUCAUGGAGCUCAUCGUAUGCAAACUAAUCAAGGGCGACAUCAGGGCCUUGGAGGACCUCACGUAUGCCAAGAGAAAGGACUUCAUCUCCCAGCACAAACUCCCCAUCGAUGAGCUGCCGAUCAUCUCCUUCCACACCGAAGCCAGCACCGCGCCCACAGCGCUCGCGUCGCUGACCCGUGUCGCCCAAGCCGAGCUCCUCCCAUGGCUACCCCUGCCACGCCAUGGCGGUGACAGCCCUCCACCUGCGGCUGCGCUAUGGGGAGAGGAGCGACGGGCUGGUGACACGGCGCGACGCCGAGGUGCCUGGGUCAGUGGUAGUUAGACCCGAGAGGAGGCUGGACCACGCGUGGAUGGUGUACUCCACGCUGAAGAUGGGCAGCGCUGAGGCCGAUGCGAGCGAGAUGUGCGAGGCUCUGCUGGCCAUGCUCGUUGAGAUUGGCAGGAAGAAAUUUUGCUGACCAUCUGGUCAUCUGGAGUUCUCCAUGGUUUUGGUUAUAUAUGCACAUAUAUGUCACGCAUACUACAAAUGAUAGAGUAUUACAGUCUUUACAGGGAACAGUGGAAAUUAGAUUAAUUUCCUUGGUGAAAGCAGGGCUCUGUGAUAAAACCAUAUGCUACUUUUUUUGACAAUAUGCAUACUUUGUGGCAAUAUGCAUUAAUUUUGGACGAACCAUAGGCUACUUUGGCUAUGUAAUGUUCUUCGCACUUCACAUUUAAUUUAGUUUUUUUUAAUGGUUUUGGUUUA